CCGCGCGGUGUGUAGUGUUUAUCGCGCGCGUGGUCUCCACUCUGCUGCUGCUCAAACACGCAGUUUCCGAUCCACCGGUCGUCGUCGUCAUCAUCAUCUGAGCGCUCUCUCCGAUCGGUGUAUAUUUGUACUCGGAUUCCAUGGCGUCCUCUAGUAAACAACCGGAAAUUCCACCACGAAGACGUAGCUCGACUACUUCACCAAACAAGAUUAUCAAUCAAAAUUCUGCUGAAGAUUCUCAACCUAAUUCGCCUUUGUUCCUGUCCCGGAGACAUUCAUCUUGUAUCGAUGACACCAUAGAAAACGAGAACUAUACCAUGCACCCGGCGGCCAACAACGCUUCGGCCGCUAUACCGUCGAUCCCCGCAAGGCGGAAUCCAGGGCCACCGGUGAUCGGCCCUCGCCCGGCCCAGUACAAAUUGCCUCCGCCGCCACGCGCCUCCAGCUGCGAACCGCCGGCCGAUCGUCACUCCAUCAGGGGCCACGCCAAAGACCAUCCGAGGGAAACAGUCGCAGUACCGGCGACGCCGACCAGAGAUUCGGCCACCACGGUCCAGCAGCAGCAGCAGCAGCAGCCUCAGCCUCAGCCUCAGCAACCUCAGCAACCUCAGCCUCAGCAACCUCAGCCUCAGCAGCCUCAGCAGCAGCAACAGCAACCGCAACUCCGCACCAGACGGUUCAAAGUGCCGCCACCCAUCAAAUGCAUUUCCGAGCCGCUGGACGGGGGCAGUCGUGAGAGUUACGAGAUGAUGACGCCCGCCAUGACUAUGUCACCCAACCGACAGGACAGCGGCCAUUGGAGCGACUCAUUCAGCGUCAACUCGUCACCCGGCUACUCUACCAAGAGCAUGGAGACGCCAUUGCUGUCGCACGCGAAAAUGAUGCCCAGCCGGUCGAACAAGAAACGUUUCAUACUGGACCGGUACGUGGUCUGCGACCAGUGGAACGGCCGCGCGCGGUUUUCGCCGGCCAACAGCGGCCCAAUCAGCUCCAGCAGCACGGCCGAGCUAACCAAAAGCCACUCGACUCCCGCCAGUCUGCAGGCCAUCGUCGAGUUCAAUGAAAACUCUCCGAACUCGCUGCAGCACCGGGUGAUGGGAACCGAGGCCAUCGACGUGACCGAAGUAUUCAUUCGGCUGCAAAGACGACAGGUGUUGUACAACGCUGCUAUUUUGAUAUUCAUCACGGUACUGUUGAUCUUCGUCGUGAGAGUCGGUUUGCCGGACAGUAGCGGUGGACAAAGCAAAACGGCGUCCACAGUGGUGCGGAACCCAAACGCCGCGGCCACGGCCAACCACGCGAAUGGCAGCCUGUUCAAGACAUCCACCGUGGCCGCGGACGACUUUAACCAUUCGUCCCGGCAUCCCGCCACAACGAAUACCAACACCACUGACCUGUCUGCCAAACUAUCCGACGCAACGACGACGAAAAAAAAUUACGUUCCAAUCAUUCCGGCCGACGAGAUAAUAUAUGACAUUCCCGUUUUCAAUCCGAUGUACUCCAUCAUAGACCAUCCCAAAAGCAAUUUAUACAUACUAGGCACUUGCCUACCGUCUUUUUGUCAAAACGUCACAUCCACCUUAGCACAGUACCUGUACACUGUACCUUACAAGAAAGAAUACGAUCACAAAGAGCUGAUAGCGUUGGAGUCUGUGGUCAACGUGCGGUGCUACGAGCUGACGGCCCUAUAUUUUUGCGCUCUGUUCGCAUCCAAAGGCUGCGGGAACCGGAAGGUGAAGCCUUGCCAAUCGCUCUGUAAAGAAACGAUCCGGAGCUGCGGAUUCUUCUUCGAUAUAUUCGAGGCGCACCACGAGCAUCGGGAGUGCAUGCAGUUCCCAAAUGACACCGAGAACCCGAACACGUUUUGCGUCGGACAUCGAGAAGUGGCCAACGUCAAGAAAAUGAAAAAUAAAGGGCUUUGCCAUGAAGGAUUCAAAUGUGAUAGGAAGAGAUGUAUCCCAAUGGAUUGGAGAUGUGACGGACAUUUUGACUGUGAAGAUCAUUCGGACGAAAUGAGAUGUUCCCAAUGUCCAGAUCAAUUGUUUUGUGGUGGUGGGAGAUGUAUCGCCGUAGAGCACAUUUGCAAUGGUGUAUCUGACUGCGAGUGGGGACAGGACGAACGGAAUUGCGUGCGACUGAGUGGCGAGAUGGGCCAAAGGGGUGAAGGGGUGUUGGAGCUUUAUUCGCCGAAUACGACUUCGUGGCGACCCGCGUGCAUUCAGAGUUGGGAUUCGUCACUAUCGGCUACUAUCAUUUGCAACAUACUUGGUUACAAACGAUCCGUAAUAAGCAAGCUGGGCACAAACAACAAGCUCUUGGCCUCCGUCAAGUACAAUCAAUCGAUCGAAUACUACGACGAAAAUAAAAUGACCGUCUAUCGGGAAAUCCGCGACUGCCCUGACUCGAACUUGUACCCUUCUAUAAGUCUUUCAUGCUCCAAUUUCGAAUGUGGAGUGAGACGAAGACCGCAAACCAUGUACCGGCAAUCGAGGAUAGUGGGCGGACGACCUUCACUGCCGGGCGACUGGCCAUUCCUGGCAGCAAUCCUCGGCGGCCCGGACGAGAUAUUCUACUGCGCCGGUGUGCUGAUAUCCGAACAAUGGGUCCUGACCGCGGCUCAUUGCACCGGAGGAAGAAAAAUCUUGGACGACCUGUCUGAAUGGACUAUACAACUAGGCAUGACGAGGAGACAUUCUCAUUCAUUUUUCGGCCGCAAAGUAAAAGUGGAAAAGAUAAUCAGACACGAGAUGUAUAACAAUGGUCCUGUCCAACACGACCACGAUAUCGCCCUGUUCAAGCUCAGCGAAAAGCUCACGUUUCAUGAGUUUUUGCUCCCGGUAUGUUUGCCAACACCGAACAUGGUUUUGAAGACCAACAUCAGUUGCACGGUCAUUGGAUGGGGCAGACGAAACGGACUCGAAGGAGCCGAUUACGAGCCGACCGUGAACGAGGUUCAAGUUCCGGUGCUGGACAGGGACUUAUGCAAUGCAUGGUUGAAGCAGAAGGACGUGAACAUCACGAAGGGAAUGAUUUGUGCCGGCUAUGAGCAGGGUGGUAAAGACGCAUGUCAAGGCGACUCCGGUGGACCACUGCUAUGCCCGGUGGAAGGACACCAGGACCGGUGGUUCGUGGGUGGCAUCGUCAGCUGGGGCGUGGAGUGCGCUACGCCCAGCUUGCCGGGGGUGUACGUCAACGUUCCCAUGUACACGGAAUGGAUUACUAAGAGUAUACGUGAAGAUGAAUUGCAAUCAGCCAUGGACGAAGUCGAUGAGAUCACCGUCGACGAUUACUGAUAACGGAGGCAGCGAUGGGACGAAACGCGCUUCUGCAGGCUUUCAUACCUUCGGAAUCCCUUUUGCCCGCAUCAUCAUGUGAUCUUACCGCAACACCGUAUAUAUUAAACCUCAAUCCUUUAAAUCCUUGACCUGUGAUUCAAAACUCAUUGUCCUGCGCUAACGUGACGGGUCUACGUCACUGUUUUGUCCUUCGGCAGUCCGGCCUAACCGUGAAUUAUUAGCUGAGCGAAUCAUCGUACUGCUAAGUUAUUAUAUACUUUCCAAUUUCAGUUUUUAACCCUUACGUUUUUUUUUUUUCCUAUCCGAAUCAUUUUCAAUCGUUGUACACAAACCGUCAGCCGUCAUGUCUGUAUUCAUAUUUGAUUCAAACAGUGCGUGUGAAGGUUUUUGAUUCGUCUCAAGGAUAUACGCUAGUGUUUAUCGACCGAUUACGCACACAAGACAUUAGAUGACACGUGCACUGGUAGAUGUUAUCGGGGGAAAAAAAACCGCUGUUUUUAUAGUCUUACGUCCACGUUUAAUUUUAUUAUAAUUUUGCUAUUAAUAAUAUUAUGCGUUUAUACUUGAACUCAAAAUCGAUCAACUUAAUGAUGUAACAGUGUUGUUAUAAUAUUCGAUCAGUAAGUUAUCCGUUUCGUUUUAUAUUAUAACGGGUUUUAAUUUAAAACUUUUAAAUCUUUAAAAACGUACAUUGUUCUUUUCAAGGAAUGAAGCUGUUUUCUCUCGAGUUAACUGUCAAUUUUUAAUAGUUUAUAAAAAAAAAUUGGACAUGUCUGUGGGAUUACGAUACGAUGACAUUAAAUAUCCAAUUUUCCCGAAAAGAUCACAAUAUAAAUGCGACUAAUUUUAGUAAAAAAUUACAUUUCCACCUUAAAGGUUGCAGAUAAAUUCAAUAAUAUUUCAUAGUAAUAUUCAGGGCCGUGGAGAGAAAUCAAGGGCCCCAGAGCAAAUUAAUCCAGACCCUUCUCACAUGAGGCAUUAAAUUUGCCACUGACAUCCAGUGUCGUCUUUAAAAAUAUGUAGAUCAAAGAAAUAAUGUAAUUGCAGUCACGGUUAUUCUACAGACUAAAUAAAAAUAAUUAUUUAUAGCCUAUGGUUAUUUCUUGAAAACGUUAUUUAUCUAUGUUUUAGAUCAAUAUUAUAGUAUUCACUUUAUUCUAGACUCGUUUUAUAGCACGAUUCAUGUUGGUGAUCCAUAAAUAGCUCGACACCAUGACCGAGACUUAGUGGACUCAUCAGACCCCGGCCCUUUUUUGGAGCCCGGGCUCCUAAGCUUCAGCCCUAGCUGCCCCCCUCCAUCUUAUCGGACCUGGUAAUAUUACGAUAAAUUUAACACUUUUAGUUCAUUCCUUUGUAGGUGGUCACGCAAUCUCUAAGGCAUCCUGUACAGUCCUGCAGUCUUGUAGAAACAGGAGUAGCAUAUACUCUACGAAAAUAGUGGGUACAUAUUUUCCCUUCCCGGAGGAUCACUGUAGAAUUAAUUGUUUUUAUCAAACACUCCAUAACAAAACGAGUAUUAUAUUAUAGGGCGCAUGUAAACUCC